AGCACGAGCCGAACCGGGUCCGUUCGGGUGUCCCGUUCAUUCUCGAGCCGAGAAGGGUAUAUCGUUGACCGCGCGGUGGCCACCAGCUCAGAACAACUUCGAACGGCGUCCGAACCAGACCAGGACCGUAAUCUCUCCUCCGGAAUUCGUCUACUCAGUCUGUGUGAAACCGUGCGUGCGUGUGUGUGAGUGAAACCGACCUUAAAACCGCGACCAACCUCGAGCUCCCAGUGGCAGUUUGCGAUCAACCGUCGACGAGUCCACAUCUCCCUCGAGAACAUCUCCAAGCCAAAAUGGUCUACGAAAGCGACUUCUACACCACCCGCCGGACCGGGUCCCACUACACCCGCCCAACGAUUUCGUCCUACACCGUGACGACGCCGCUGCGAUAUUCCGGAGUCCCACGUCUCGACACCUUCACCACCACCACCACCACCUAUCGCACCCCAAUGCCAUACGUUGCCCAUAAGCGGAUCGUUCCGGUGACACGAUUCGCCAGUUCACCGGCUCGAGUGCUCUACUCGCCGGUUCGUGUCCUGGGUUCGUCCUCGGUACGCAUCCUGGGCUCGCCGGUGCGCGUCUACGGUUCGCCCGUGCGGGUCAUCAGCUCGCCGGUCCGAACCGUGGUCCGCGCCGUCCGGUCACCAGUGCGCGUCAUUACCUCGCCGGCCCGGAUCGUCACCGUGCGGUCCUCCUACCUGCGCCCCUCGAUCGUCAACAAAGAGUUCGACCGUAUCGAGCGCAAAUACCGCGCCAGUCCCGUAAGUAGUGCCCUCGAGCAGUAUUACAACUCGCCCUCCUACCUGGAAUUUGAAGACGAGAAGCGUGAGAUCCGCAACUCGAGCGCCAUGCUGCUGCGUCAGCUCAACGACCCCGUGCCACGUGUGAUGGCCCCGCAGGUGCCGGCAUCUGUGCCACUCGCCGAACCCAACCCCAAGAAGUGGGUGUACGAUCCGUUCAGCUCGCACAACAAGUACAACAGCGACACCUACGUGAAGAGCACCAUCACCGACCCGCUGCGCAGCGUCGCCCGUGACAUCGAAGCCAUGGCCCGUUACCACUCGCCGGCCUCGCGUUACGUCGAAUACGUUCUGCUAGACGACAUUCUCUGGCGCUACACGUACUACGUCGAUGACAAGGGCAAAAAUCACUUGGCCAGUACGCGCAUUAUUGGAUCGAAGGCGUACCCGAAGACCAAGCCCCGAAUCUAUAACUAUGAUACGGCCCGGGUGGGUCGCGAGGUCAAUGUCAUGUCGCACUAUAGCGCGAACCGCAGCCAGGCCAAGUCUGACGUCGACGAAGGCAAACUCAAUCCAGCCCGGCCGACGCGCAAGUUCAACAACCCCAGCCUGUACGAGGACCCGACCGACCCGAAGCUGCAGGACAAGCAGAGCAAGGUCGAGAAGGUCGUCGAGCUGAACAAGGUGCGGUACGAGCCGAUCAACCUGGAGCGCGAGCGCGUCAAGAGCAUCGCCGAGGCCAAAAAGAAGGAGGAGGAGUCGAUCGAGCGCGAGAAGCUGCGCCAGGAGGAGCAGGCCAAGCGCGAGGAGGAGGCCCGCGUCGCGGCCGAACUGGCCGAACAGAAGCGCAUCGAGGAGGAGCGGCUGGCGGAGGAGGCACGGCUCGCCGAGGAGCGCCGCCUGGCCGAGGAAGCCCGACUGGCGGAGGAGGCGAGACAGGCUGACGAAAAGAAAAAGAAGGCCGCCGAGAAGAAACGCCUGAAGGAGGAAGCCGAACGCAAACAGAAGGCGGCCGAAGAGGAGGAACGCAAGCGCAAGGAAGCGGAGGAGAAAAAGAGAUUGGAAGAGGCCGAGCGCAAACGAAAGGCUGAAGAGGAAAAGAAACGCCAGGAGGAGGAGGAGCGCAAACGCAAGGAAGAGGAGGAAGCCGAGCGCAAGCGAAAGGAGGAAGAGGAGAAGAAACGAUUGGAGGAAGAGGAGCGUAAACGUAAGGAGGAGGAGGCGCGCGUCGCCGAGGAGGCCCGUGUUGCCGAGGAGGCUCGUGUCGCUGAGGAAGCUCGCCAGGCUGAGGAGAAGCAGCUUAAGGAACAGGAAGAAACCCGUAUUAGCGAGGCGCAGAAGAUCCGCGAGGAUGAGUUGGCCCGACUGAAUGAGCUGGAGAAGCAGGCCAUCGAGGAGGACAACGCCGAGCUGCUGCGUGAGAUCACCGCUCUGAAGGCGAUCGCCGAGUCCGACGAGGAACUGCUGAAGCGACAGGCUGCCAAGCUGGAGGAAUCUGCGCCGGCGGCUCCGGUCGCAGAAGCUGCAGCACCAGCUGAGGAGGUCGCCGCCGAGGCUGCUCCAGUGGAGAGUGCCGAAGCUGCUCCGGAAGCAGCACCAGCUGCCGUUGAGGAACCUGCCGCCGUCGAAGUUGUCGCUGAAGAGAGCAAGACUGAGGAAAGUCCCGCCGAAGCUGCCGCCGAACAGUAAAAAAAACUCUCCAAAGGGUCUACGACGGACCAAAAGCUCUACACAAACACUGACACACUCACACUCGUACACAAUGCCUAGGCUAAGGAUCUUUAGAGUUAAUCAAUGUGUUCAAGGAGAUGUUGACUCAAAAAAUAAGAAAACUAUCAAAAAGAAAAAGAAACUAAUCUGUGGAAAGACACUAACGAAAUGUGGCUGUAAAUGCUAGAUUUUCAGCCUGGGAACCUUCCCCUCCCCCUGAAUUGGAACCGAAUACGAGCUAGAACUUAGAAACUGAACCAGAAAGGCAGGCUUAACCUAACUAUAUAGGAACUCUAGACAUUCGCAAGAAACCGAUGGAAACGACGCCGCAGCCAGUAAGGAAUCCCAACUGUACGAGGCACCAAACCAAGCGCACAAA